GCGACGACAACAGACGAGCUUGCACUCAGAAGUCGUGCCACAAAUUGCGCCUACCUCACCGGUCGCCCUGAUUUUACCGGGAAUCAAUCGUCAUUAUAGUUAGCAAUACCUACGUCAAGAUGGGUAUCAGACAAAUACGGCCCGCCAAGGUCUACCAGGCCGUUUCUCAGGAGCUGAAUCAACCUCUCCUCCAAAACCUCAUCACUCAAGCACCAGUAUGGCACCAGGUUAUGGGUUCAAUCCCUCCUGCCGAGACUACCAUUCGAACAAUUCCCCCGCAACAUAAAUCUUUCAACCCCAAGUCGAAAAAGCUCAGAAAACUGUACAAGCCCCAAGCGAUAAAGUACCAGGAAGACGCUCUCCGCACCACAUUCUACAAAGACCACCCGUGGGAAUUGGCUAGACCGAGAAUAGUUAUUGAGUCAGAUGGCAUGGAUUAUAGACUAGCAGACUGGAGCAAGGGUCUGCGCCAGACUGGCCUGCCUUUAAACGGUGAAAGUGUUGUUCAAAGACAGCUGUGGCUAAUGGAAAACGAAAAUAUGAACAAGCAAAAAGCGUACGAUAUCACCCGCCGCGAAUUCUACCGCCUCCGCCAAGAAGAAGAAGUUGAAAAGCGAGUCGCUGUUGAGGAGGCCCGCCAUGUUGGCGCAUACUUUGGCAAGUCCAGACUGGAUGUUGGUAUGCAGCUCGAGAAUCGCGAGUUUGAGAACUGGAAGGUCUGGGCUGGCAAGGAGACGGCUAGCAGAGAGGCUGCAAACACGGCCGAUGUGGAAACAUUCGGCAUCAAGGAGGACGUCUCGGAACCUGCACAAGAGUUGGCAAACGAGAGAACGGCAUAAACGACCCCUCAAGCAAGUGGUCUGGUGCUAAUUAAUGUCCCUGUAUAGAAUAUAUGUACAAUAUCAUACAAAACUGGUUUUCCUUUUCUUGAUUCAUCCUGAUGCGUAUCUCUUCCUUCCUACAGACCAACCCUUCGAGCAUUGAAGACCAUCUCGCCGGCAUUUUGAAGGCCAUACUUUUUCGCUACCUCAUCAUGCUGCACCAAAAAUAAAUCGGCGAUGCCUGUGCAGUGUAGCAGCUUGCCAGUGAGACUGAGUGUCGAUAUUCUCGCCCACGACUCAACGUAGACAAAACGCAUUGAGUCCUGGGGUACGAUGUAGAAGAGUUUGAGAAUAUGUACUGCCAAGGCAACAAAGAACCCGGUGGCCGGUCCAUUGGAGAAUAUUUGCGUUGGUAGUCUUCGUCGUUGUCCAACUGCGCUCGAUGGCGGGCUCAACAGGCAUGGGAAGAUAUCUAGUACACUCCGGAAGGCAGAGAAUGGUGUACUCCAGAGAGGCUGAUGGACUCUACGUGCACGUGUAACAAUCUUCUUAUCAAAAGACCCAGGUGUGCACUUCUUCGUUGCGCAGAGUUGGGCAAGGUCUGUUUCGUAGUCUUCCAGAUGAUUUUCGGACAUUUUGUCUCCGCUGGAAAUGAGGUAUCGGCGAUGUGUUCUGCUGAAAUCACAGAAUCCGUCAUCCAUCAUCAUGAGCAUCUCUUUUGUGUGUCCACCGGAACCGAGCACGAAGAGAAAGUAAUCAUCCUUGGCUGUAGCCGCCGAUGUGGGAGCUUCUUGAGUGCGCCAACGUGUCUGCCUCUUCGCAGCAACGAGCUGGAUAUGUCUGG